GGGGCGGGGCUGGGAGGAGCUGGGGCGACCCGCGGGACCCCGGCUGGCGCGUGCCCGUCUCCGGCCAGGCGGUGAGGCUGGCAGCUGUGUGUGCGCAGUGGCGGAGAGCCGGGGCAGCGGGAGGGCGUCCGGGCGCCCCGCGGGGAGGCUGGACAGCCCGGGCUCGGUCGAGGGCGCUGCUCCGCCGCCGCCGGCAGGCAUCAUGGCAUCGCUGGCGGACCGGGUCCGGGGCAACGGGCGCAUCGCCGCCGGGCUCCUGUUCAACCUGCUGGUGUCCAUCUGCAUCGUGUUCCUCAACAAAUGGAUCUAUGUACACCACGGCUUCCCCAACAUGAGCCUGACCCUGGUGCACUUCGUGGUCACCUGGCUGGGCUUGUACAUCUGCCAGAAACUGGACAUCUUUGCCCCCAAAAGUCUGCCGCUCUCCAAGCUCCUCCUCCUGGCCCUCAGUUUCUGUGGCUUUGUGGUCUUCACCAACCUUUCUCUGCAGAACAACACCAUAGGCACCUAUCAGCUGGCCAAGGCCAUGACCACGCCGGUGAUCAUAGCCAUCCAGACCUUCUGGUACCAGAAGAGAUUCUCUGUCAGAAUACAGCUCACGCUGAUUCCUAUUACCCUAGGUGUCAUCCUAAAUUCUUAUUACGAUGUGAAGUUUCAUUCCCUUGGAAUGGUGUUUGCUGCACUUGGUGUGGUGGUCACGUCCCUUUAUCAAGUGUGGGUUGGAGCCAAGCAGCACGAACUGCAAGUGAACUCCAUGCAGCUGCUCUACUACCAGGCCCCCAUGUCGUCCGCCAUGCUGCUGGUGGCUGUGCCCUUCUUCGAGCCGGUGUUUGCAGAGGGAGGAAUAUUUGCUCCCUGGUCAGUUUCUGCUUCGCUUAUGGUACUGCUGUCUGGAGUAAUCGCUUUCAUGGUGAACUUGUCGAUUUACUGGAUCAUUGGGAACACGUCACCAGUCACCUACAACAUGUUCGGACACUUCAAGUUCUGCAUCACCCUGUGCGGAGGGUACAUUUUGUUUCAGGAUCCACUGUCGGUAAACCAAGGCCUGGGCAUCCUGUGCACGCUCUUUGGCAUCCUCACCUACACCCACUUUAAACUCAGCGAGCAGGAAGGCGGUAAGAGCAAGCUGGUCCAGCGGCCCUGAGUCUGCAGGGAAGGGAAGGUCGGGUCCUAAGGAUGAGAAAAUGCAAAUGUAUAGUCUCUGGGAAAGCUCCCUGCGGAAUCCAGUCAGUGACGCGCAAGAAGUAUCUUCCUCACAGAUAAUGACAGUUUUUAGGACCUUUUAUCGAUUUAAUUUUUUAAAACCAAAAUGAUUCAGGCUUCUUUUCAAAGACAUGAUGAACCGGGAGCUGGCCCUCGGUGGUAGAGUGUUUGCCUCACACAUGUGAGACCCUGGCCUCAAACGCCAGCACCGUCAAAGAAAUUCUAGGAACUGCACAAAAGAUGGUUGCCAACUAGAGUACGGGGAAGCUCAGGUCCAUCGGAACAGGAGAACGCUCGGGCGCUGCAGCUGUGCUGUGGCCAUCCAUGCUCUCCCAGGGAAGGGCACGCCAAACUGCCGGCUCACCCAGGCCUUCCCAUCGGCAAGCUCUUUGUCGUCUAGACAGGGUGGCGGUCAUAGCUGUUUUGAGACUGGAUCUCACUGUGUAGCCCUGACUGAUCUGGAAUUCUCUACAUAGACUGAACUAGCUUUUAACUCUGCCACUCCAUCUAGCUUCUUUAUUACUGCACUGUAGAACUGAAAUAGUUACAGAGAGCAAGUUGUCGUAGACGUGAUCAUGAAACAAAUUACAACUCUGAAAGGAUCACUUUUUCAGUAGAAAAUUGACAUAAGACGUUCUUCCCUGUUAGACAGGCAGGACUGCUUGAGCCCAAAGCCUGCUCAGCAGCACCCACGAGCUGCCUGAGCUAGAGGGAAUGGCUGAGAUUGUAACAGUGUUGCUGGGAAUGACGGUCUCAUUGGCCUUCUCCUGACUUUCAGUGAGUUCUAGAUACUAUAUAUGGAGUUAAACAAAACCUCGUUAUUAAACUGCUCAAAGAAAAGUCUUGUGGGGCCAGAGGGUAUAGCCCGUGGCAGAGGACCUGCCCAGCACUCAGGUGGGUCCUUUUGGUUCUGGUUACUGUGUUCCAGCUUGCUUAAUCAUUUCCUGUUAGUGAUUUCUAAUAUGGCCUCCCUCCCAACACGCCCUGCCCUCCUCAUACUGAAGCUGCAGGUAGGGAGUGUUUUAUGGUAUUGGGAACCGGACUGAAUUAUGCCUUGCAUAAUGUGGCAAAUUAGAGCAAAAGCUGUCCAAAUUCUGGGCGGAAACUUGGUGAAAAAUAGGAAAUAUAUGAAAGAGAGGUAGAAAACUAGCUAAUAUUUAGCUAGAUGUGUGAUAUUCAGAGGAAUUGAGAAAUAUUUUUUAUUGAGAUGCAGACAGAAUGCAUGGGGGGUCCAGCAAAUAGAGUGCUGGGUAUUUAAUUACAAAAGUAUGUGUCUGCCUUCAAGUAUCUUGACAUCUCGCCAUUAAAAGCAGCCAUUGAUGACCUCAGAAGAGUCAGAUCUCUUGAAAUAAUAACUUCUUCUAAACAUACACUUUCUGUGAGGAAACAGCUUAAGACAAAGAGCCAUGUCUUGUGAUGAUAACUUUUAUCUUGUAUUUUCUUUCUUUUUCACACUAACUUUUAAUGUGUUAGGUUUUUUUGUUGAUAGUGGUAGUUUUGAGGUUUUGGGUUUUUUGUUUUUUUUUUAACCAGAUAAAGCCUGGGUUGUACCCCCAGCACUGCCAAACAAAACCUUGUCAAGUAAUCAGGAGACAAGCUGGCGGGGGACAUGCUCCUGGAUCCCAGGAUCUGGGCAGGUGAGUCGGGGCUAAGAGCUCUGUGGCCGUGUAGACCACACAGACUCCAAGGGCUGACUGAUUACACACUGAGAUUCUAUUAAAGAGGAAGGAAAUGUGCCUGUUUGGGAUUGUUUUUCCUAGUGCGUUUAAAGAACAAAGCCUCAUUAAAAUGUGUAUUUUGGAGAA